AUGAUUUCGUCAUCGGCGAUUCGCUCUUCCUUCGUUCCUCUAAUACGUACCACCCUCCCCUCGGUGGCAGCAACGCUAUAUGCCGGUAGACCUAUACCAUUCGGCCGAUGCUUUGCGACUCACGCGAAGCCACUGGACUUCACCGAGGACGUCAAGGACCAAGUGGAGUUCAAGGAGGCAACCAAAAUCAACGAUGCACCCACUCAGACUGGUAACAUCUUUCAUGCUCGCUGGGACAUACCAACUGCUCGAGCCAUCGCUCCUGAGCAUUUGAAGCCCAAGACUAUACGAGAUCACCUGGCUCACUCUGCGGUGUGGCUUUGUCGAACUGGUUACGACUUCUUCUCUGGUUACGACUUCUUCAAGCACGAUUAUAAGAUGUAUGCACGCCGGCUCAUCGUACUCGAGACUAUUGCUGGCAUCCCUGGUAUGGUCGCUGCUAUGAAUCGACACCUGAGGUCUCUCCGAAGAAUGGAGAGGGAUAAUGGAUGGAUACCAACAUUGAUCGAGGAGGCUGAGGAUGAGAGGAUGCACUUACUCAUAUCUCAGGGUUUGGUAUCUCACGGUUGGUUCCUUAGAAGCUUCCUAACAGCCGCUCAAGGUGCCUUCUUCCUCUUCUAUGCUGGUGCGUACUCAGUAUCACCAAGGUUCUGCCAUAGGUUUGUUGGCUAUCUCGAGGAGGAGGCCUUUAAGACCUAUACCGCUAUUGUUGAGGAUGUUGAAAACGGCCAAGUCCCGGAAUUCGACCGGUCUGCGCCAUUUUAUGCUAAGGCUUACUAUUGUUUGCCAGAAGAUGCUACUCUACUGGACACUCUUAUCUGUAUGAGGGCAGACGAGGACAGGCACAGAGAUGUUAAUCAUACUUGGGCGCAGAUCUCUCCAGACACGCCCAACCCUUUCCUUGUGUAUAGUCAGAGGAAUGAGCAGCUCUCGAAUAGCAAUAAGAAGGAUGUUCAUGUUCAUCAACCUAGCUGUGGGCAAUAG